AAUUAAUACAUGCAAAUCAGUGCUCUAACUUGAGGCUUUUGGGAAAUGUAGUUUUGUUUGCAAAAAAAAGUCACCGUUGCGUCAUUAGUCGGUCAUGUAGCUUGAGCUAGCAUCCUAUCGGGCUGGAGAAAUCUGGGGAUGGCUGAGGAAAGGAGCACAGAGGACAUAGUUGCUGAGUAUCUUGGCCAGAACCCGCAUCUGGCUCAGUGGGUUGACACCCUCAGGGGCUAUUGUGAGACCAACAAACAGUGGUUGGCCCGAAGGGAGUUUAUUCUGAGAAAUCUGGAAAGUUUCCCAACGGUGGAGCCGGGAGUCUCUAGCAGCAGUAUGGACAGGUUGACAUCUCUGUCCAUGGUCUGGGCAAAUCACGUUUUUCUUGGCUGCAGUUACCCACAAGCAGUAAUGGACAAAAUCAAGGAGAUGGGUAAGGGAAUAAAUGUUCCAGAUCCUCCAGUUCACAAAACGACAAAGGUUGAAUCCUUGAUCAAAGGGAAACGGAACGCUCCAGCAGUAGGUGAUGCUGACAGCUGUUUGAAGAGAGCUAAAUGUGGACCUAAUGAGCUUGACGGUCGACCCUCUGAAUGGGCAACUGCGCCUGUGAGCCAGAAAGGAAGACCUCCACCACAGGCUCCAGCAGAGUACCAGCCCUUCUUUAACCGACUCUACAAGACAGUGGCCUGGAAAUUGGUGUCUGCAGGCGGCGUUGGACCCAAUAUGGACCACUUUGAGAUACUUCGUAGCUGCAUAGAGUCAUGUAAAGAGACCUUGACCUGUGUGUUUGUGCCACUGAAGGAGAUCACAGGUCUUCCUGCAGCUCGCACACAGAAAGAAGGGCAUGUAUGUGAAAUACGCUGUCAAUCCGUGUACAUGGGCACAGGAUAUGGACGAGACGAAACCGCCUCCAGAGCCAUGGCUUCCAAAGAAGCCCUAAAAGUCUUUCAGGGGAGAAAAGUAACAGUAAAAAUCUGUAAACGCAAGUACAAUGGAAAGGAGGUGGAGGAUUUGAUGUUGUUGGAUGAACAGCCUCGAAAUCAGGGCUUUCCUCCUGCACUCAGCUACCCUUUUUAGGCCGGGCAGUAAGAAGGUGGUUCUUUUUAAAAGAUGUCAAACUGUGAUGCUUUCCUUGGUGGAAUCUCAGAAUCAAAAGGGGCAUUUAUUAAAAUUCAGCUACUGGCUGAAUCUUUUCAGGAUCACACGGUUACAAUCAGCGUCAUAAGAUAACAGAGCAUCGCACUAUCACCGUACACUGCAACAAACAACCAUACCACAUAAUGUACUGAGCGCAUUCCCAGCCUCUCUGGUUUUGAAGACCACUGUGUAAUGGAAUAACUGAAAAUGUGAAGUUGGAACAUGUGCCAUCAGCUGAAGGUUAAUAAGCCUCUGAAAACAUUAGCUCAACUGCCAGUUUUGCGUUUGUCAAAGGUGAAGCUUAAAAAAAAGUACAUACUGCAAUAUUGUUCUAUUGCUGCCUUAUGUUUUAAAUAAUGUGUGUACACUGAACUUUUGCCCUCAUGGUUUCACUAACUGGUGUGUUGACGUGCAUACAGUUUUAAUGAUUUUGUGUUAUCGAAGAAAAUCUACACAUUUGGCAAUUUAUUUAGUUUGGAGUGCCACUGCUUUAUUUAUUUUAUUUACAAUGAAUAAAACGGUUUGAUGAAUAAAGGUGAUUCACAGUUAGACUAAACCCACAGAAUUUUGACUGGCUAUUGCUUAAACCUAACCAAAAGAGUUUGAAGAACCACACCACAAAAUAUGUCUUUAAGGGUUUCGUUUCUUCAGUUUCCAUUUGUCAUUGUUUGUUAAAUGUCCAUUUUGGUUUAUGACUUGAUUUAUUUUGCUAAUUACUUUAGGAGAGAGAGGGUAAGGUUGUGUGGCACUGCCAUUAUGAUAAAGAAGGACCAUCCAGUUAUUGGACCCAGCAAAAAAAGUCAUUAUGAAAACAGUUAUUGUGUGUUUUAAUGAUCUAGCUGUUUGCUGAAUCAUUUCCAAUCUAAACUCGUGUUUAUGUUGUAUGUGCAGGUUAAUCAGUGUUCAUGCUGGUCGCAGUUCUUUGUAGUCGCUUCCAUACCGAGCUUUUUCAGUUCUUUGUCAAAGUUCUGAGAAUGUACAAGUCUAUGUUUGAAAAUGUCAGAUUCCAUGUGAUUCCAGUGUGUGGGAGAAAAGCGCUUGUGUAAUUUUCUAUUUCUGUUUCCGGUGUAGUCGAACAGAAUUGCAUAUUGAGAAGAAUCAACACUGUUCUGUCACUGUAUCCUCAUACCUGUUUGUUAUACUUUUUUGAAAAUAAACAUAAUUUAAGCAGGAAAA